CCCAGGUUGCAGCCUCUGCUGUCAAUUAAUGGUGUCUGCAGACUCUACGAGCAACAUGAGGCUUUGGAGAUAGAGAGAGAGACAAGAGGACAUGGGAUAAACAUGGCUCUUCUCAUUUCUGUGUUGGUGCUCUCCUUCCUGCAGGAAAUGUUCCUUUCCCUAGGUUCUGGGGAAAACCCUCCGAUGAUCUCAGUAACUGAAGGGGAACCCGUCUCCUUUGAGUGUUCCUUUGAUGGAUCCCCUGCUAUUGGCAAUCCAUUCUACGAGAUAAUCUGGAUGUAUGAGAUGACCCAUAAAAAUGUGUCCAAGAGGGUCCUGGCCUUUAGGAUGACUCGACCCAAUACCAGUGUCCCUGUCUCAGUCACUGAAGGCUAUUUUAGGGGUCGUUUAGAAUUUGAAAAGAACACCAGCUCUCUCAUCAUCCCCAAGGUGCGGGUGAAUGACAGCGGCCUGUAUUACUGUGAAGUGAACACAGUACCACUCCAUGUUAAAUUAAGAACAAAUGGGACUCAUCUCAUUGUCAUGGCGUCCCCAGAUGCAGUGAAUGUUCUGUUGAUCUCCAGUCUGACUGCUGGGCUACUUCUGUUCCUCCUUGCUUUGGGCUUGUAUUUUACAUUAAAGCGCUGAAUCCAGGCCAAGAAACCAGAAGUUUCCCUGGAAAUGUCCGAUCCCAUUUGCAGCACCCCUGCCCCAGCCCGGAGAGAGUCCUUUACGCAACCCAUCGGCAGUGAAAUGAUCUAUUCAAAACUGCAGUGGAGCAAGUACAGUGUAAGUGCUGAUCUCUGUAUUGAAAGCACUCAGACGUCAUUCCAGUCCCAGCAGAGUCAUGUUGAUAACUAAUGUAGACGAUAAGAGCAGUAACUUUUUGUACUUCUGUAGCAUCUGAGGCUUUUCAAGUGCUUUACAAACCUCACUGUAUGCUGCGAGGUAGGUGGAUAUUCCUAUCCUUGAGUUACCGAUGAGUAAACUGAGGCGUAAUCUGACUUGCUCCAGGUCACGGAGUGACAUUCACCCCAGUGCAGAGGGCUUGUGCAAAGCCUCUGCACCUCCUUAGCCCCAAAUAGGGACUGAGAAGGGGAUCCCUUGGGAUGGCCAUGGGGGGGGGGGUGUUUACCCAGCGCUAUGUGCCAAGAGACAGAUCUCUGAACUGGCUCUGCCCAGGCCAGCCUGGAAGGCCAUGUUUUUGGGGGUCAGGGGCAGAAUCAGGGGCAGAAUCAGGGCCAGCUCCAGGCACCAGUGCAUCAAGCAGGUGCUUGGGGCGGCCAAGGGGAAGGGGCGGCACGUCCGGCUCUUCGGCGGUGGGUCUCUCGAUCCCACUCAGAGGGAAGGACCUGCCUCCAAAGUGCUGCAGAAGAAGAAAGCGACGCGGUGGAGUUUUGUUUUCACCCGCUGCUUGGGGUGGCAAAAACCCUGGAGCUGGCCCUGCAGGUGACGCAGGUUCAGGUUUACUUGAAUCCAGGGGCCUAGGAUUCCCUGCAGCUGUGUGGAGAGACUGUGGCUGCUAUUGCAGCUCAG